AUGCGGACUCUUAUCCAGAACGCCCGUAUGAUCACCACAGACGCCAAUGAACCACGAGAACUGUGCUGUUUGGCAGUCAAUGACCACACUAUUCAACACAUCGGCCACCUUGACGACGCUUCCAUCCAGAACUUCUUACGCCAUGGAGAAGAAGUUCAGAUAGUCGACCUUCAACGGCGCAAUAUCAUGCCUUCGUUCAUCGAUGGGCAUACCCACCUACUCCAAUUCGGGAUUUCCCUGUCCAAAAUUUCCCUGGGAAAUUGUGCCAACCUGGAGGAGAUUCGACAGGUCAUUCAAUCGACUGCAAAAGAGGAACCAGAUGCACAACGCUUGAUUUUCCAGGCCUGGAAGCAAUCGGCCACUGGAAGUCUCGUCAGUAGCGAAAUGCUGAACAAUCUCAGCGAACGUCCGAUUUAUAUUGAGUCGCAUGACUUGCACGCCGUAUGGUGUAACGCGGCCGCUUUGAGAGAAUUGGAGAUCCCCGAUGAGGGCAUACCUGGCGGUCGAGUUCAUCGCACUGCUGAUCACUUGCCAACCGGCUUGUUCGAAGAUGCUGCUGUCCUUGGCAUUAUUUGGCCGUUUUUGACACAAUGCUUGACGCACGAAGAGAAGUUGGACCGACUCCGAGAAGCCAUAGAAACAUACAAUCGCGCUGGCUAUACUUCGGCCAUUGAUAUGGCGGUCGAUGAAGAUUACUGGAAUUUACUACAAGAGCUUUAUGAGAGGGGAGAGCUCAGCCUACGCUUGGACGUCCACUUUUUGGUCUCUCCGACGGGCUCAACAGAGUCUGAUGUAGAGCAAUUGAGACGUGUCAUUCAGCUUCACGAAGCGUACAACAUCUUGACGUCUCCAGAUUUCCGGGUUGCGGGUAUCAAGCUCAUGUGCGAUGGCGUCAUUGAUUCAUGCACAGCUGCCAUCUCUGAACCGUACAAGUCGACUAGACAGUCCGUGCAGCCCUACUGGACCGCAGAAGCUCUGAGCGAGGUCCUGACCGCCGCAGAUGAUGGCAUGCUGCAAGUCGCAAUGCAUGCCAUAGGGGAUGAGGCGGUUACUCGGGCAAUCAACGGCUUGGAGGCGCUGGGUACGACGGGGAAACGGCAUCGCAUCGAACACUUGGAAGUCACCAAGCCCGAAGAUGCAAAGCGACUUGGGCGCUUGGGCAUCACUGCCUCUAUACAGCCCGUUCAUUGCGAUCCCGUCCAGAACGUCGACUGGACCCCGCUUAUCGGACAGAAACUAUGCGGCAGAGCCUUUGCAUAUCGAGAGUUCGCGGACCACGGGGCUAGGAUCGCUAUUGGUAGCGAUGCGCCUACAGCCCCUCACUCGCCGUGGAAUAAUCUCUUCAACGCAACAACUCGCAAAUCUUACAAUAGGCCGUAUGGAGAGGAAACAAUGAAUGCGGAAUUCAAGCUCACGCUCGUCCAAGCAUUGGCGGCUACCAAUAUCGGCGCCGCCUACUCUUGUUUUGCGGAGGAUAUGGUCGGAAGCCUUGAAGUGGGAAAACGAGCUGAUUUCAUCGUCCUCGAUCCGAUAGGUGACUGGAAGGGGGAACCAUUGUCACUUUUAUCAUGUAAAGUAACGAGCACUUGGCUGGGCGGGCGAAAGGCUUGGUCCAAAGACUAG